GACACCCAAAAUGUUAGACGUCAAAAACCUAACCUCUGAAAAUGUGUUUUGAAAUUUUCUUCCAUUCAAAAAUGAAUUUUAAUAUUAUUUUAGUACUUUUAAUAUUAUUUUCUAAUUCUAUUUGCGAGGAUAAACAAGAUACCGAGUCUGACGAAAUAUUUGUACCAACUAAAGAGUGGAAAGUUAUAAAAGCAGGCCAAAAAGUCCCCUCUGGUUUACAUUACCGAAUAAAUUUGUCAACCGGUAAAAAAGAAGCCAAAAUCAACGAAGAUGAUGAAUCAGAUACAAAUAAAAAAGGUAUUUCAGUGAUAAAAGAAGAUGAAACUCUGUACAGUGCUCUGAAAGAUGUAGAUAAGAAAAACCCCGAGAAUGACAUGCCCAAGAAAUUUCGCACUUUAGACGAGAUAAAGAAAGAUUUAGGAGACAUAGAAAUUACUCCUAAAAGUGAUGUUGAAAUUUUACAAGACUUAUUUGCAAAAUUCCAAGAAGAAGAUAAGAAAAAACAACCAAAUACUAAAGAAAUUUUAAAGAUCUUGAAAGACUUAAUAUAUUUAAGUCAUCAGAUUGAUAAUGGAAACGAAUUUGUUAGAAUGGAUGGUUUCAAAAAGAUUGUUUAUAAGAAGCUUAAUUCAACCAAUCUUGCUGUUAAACAAGAAGCAUUAAAACUAUUUAGUACACUUGCUCAAAAUAGUCCUAAAGUGAAAGUCCAUAUUCUUGAAACAGGAGGGAUCACAAUGCUGCUGAGGUUGUUAAAUUUGGAUGAUAACCCUCAUAUAAAAAAUAGUGCUGUUACUGCUUUAAGCUGUACGCUACGAACAUUUCCUUAUGCACAGAAUAGAUUUAUUGAAGCAGGAGGUUUGACAAUAUUUUCAAGUUUAUUUAAGUCAGGUUCAGUUAAACUGAAAUUAAAGCUAGUAACUUUAUUAAAUGACUUUAUAAUAGAAAGACAAAAAGAUGUAAGUAACUUUGAGAAUCAUGAGCUGGUUGAUAUUGAAGAGAAAUUAUAUGAGUUGGGUUGGUGUAACAGCUUGAACAAUUUGUUAACCGAUUUAAUACAAAUAGACAUUUAUGACUAUGAUUCGAUAGAGAAAUGUUUGUUGUCUAUGAAAGGUAUGGUAAAAAAAUGCAGUAAUAGUUAUAAUAAGGCACUUUUCAACCAACUAGAGAGUUCCUACAGUCACUUAAAAGAUGAAGAUACAGAAGAUUAUUUUCAGUACAUUAUAAACGAUUUAAUCGGUGUGUUACUUUAUGAAAAUAACAAUAAUAAAACAAAAGUAGCUAAGGAAGAAUUAUAAAAGACUGAGGUAAAAGAGUUUAUAUUUAUUUUUGUUAACUAUACAAUACAAAUUGAAAAAAUAAAAUCUAAUUUAUUGC